AUGGAUGGUGAUAAUGGUCUUAACAUCCGUAAUUGGGGUUACUAUGAACCCGCCACGUCGUUUAAGAGCCACCUGGGGCUGCAGCUGAUGUCAUCCAUGCCAGAAAAGCCUUUAAUAGGAGGGCGUAAUGCUUCGGUUUUAUCUGGAAGUAAUGGGGCAUUUCACCAUAGGGACAUUGGUAUGCCCCAAGCUUCAUACCCUAUGGAGUACAUGAGGGAUGCUUGGAUUAGUAGUCAGAGAGAUAAGUAUAUGAAUAUGAUACCUACAAAUCAUAACUAUGGUGGUCUUCCAGAGACUUCUUCAGCACAUCAAAUUCAAAUGAUUCCACCACCGGAAUUGCCAAAGGAAGAAAGGCCAGUGGAAGAGGAACCUGUUGUUGAGAAGGCAACUGGUGGCGCUCGUAAGAAAAGACAGGGUCCCAAAGUACCCAAAUCUCCCAAGGCUAAGAAGUCCAAGAGGGGGCCUCGUGUGCCAAAGAAUGAGAAUGCUCCCACAGUUCAACGCACCAGGGUUCCAAAGAAAACUACUGAAAUUGUAAUAAAUGGAAUUGACAUGGACAUUUCUAGUAUUCCAAUUCCUGUUUGUUCAUGCACUGGAGCAUCUCAACAGUGUUACAGAUGGGGCUCUGGUGGUUGGCAGUCUGCAUGUUGCACAACAGGAAUGUCAGUGUAUCCUUUGCCUAUGAGUACCAAGCGGCGUGGUGCUAGGAUAGCUGGAAGGAAAAUGAGUAUAGGAGCAUUUAAAAAAGUUUUAGAGAAACUUGCAGCCGAGGGUUAUAACUUUUCUAAUCCAAUUGAUUUGAGGACUUAUUGGGCAAAACAUGGCACCAACAAGUUUGUCACUAUUAGGUAG